ACGCCCGUCCAAAACUACCAGAGAUGCAAAGUCCAUCGACCUGUCCUAUCACAGUCUCCGAAAAGCUUUCUGAAAGGACGGAGUUAAGGUGAACGAUAGAACAAUGGCAAGCGAUAUUAUGCAUGGAAAUCCGUUUUACCUCCCGACUAGGCUUAUCGUGUUCUGUAUUUAUGAUAAUUAAAGUAUUUACUACACCUGCGCUCGAGACAUGUAGGCUGAAAAACAUAUAUGCAACUUUGUCUUGGUGAUGAUGCUCGUGGGGCAUGACUGUUCUGGGACUGAUGUUCGGUUGGUUCGUCAACUCAACAUGGGUAUGAGGAUACAACCCGGGAUAUGUAGCGGAGGGCCCGAGCAACGAGGAUGUAAAACUGGAGACGUAAAUGAGAAUAUUGUUUGUCUGCAAUCUCAGGAUGAAACGGGACGGGUGUGUCCUGGCAGCCCAGCACUGGCGACAGACACGCGACUGUCUUCUUGUUCCACAGCAGGGGCGCCAAUGAAGAGCGAUAUACCUCUCUUUCCAGAUCGUGAGCCAAGCAGUGGUAGUUACAACGUCUCCACGGGAACUGGAACCUUUUACAGCUGCGUCAGUCAAAUCACCAUCGGUUUUGAUGUUGGCGGCCAAGUUGCCAUUGGCAUCUCCCAUUGGAAGAGUCCAUUUCCUUCCAGCGGGAACCCCCUGUGUGACAGUCCAGAUGGGGUUCACUCCGAGGCCUCCACCCCCGCUGUCCCGCACCUCCCGGAGUACCAAGAGCCAGUGUCCUGUCCUGCCUCGUUGUCAAUCAACCCUCUAUCAUCCCACUGCAGUGCCAGUCAGGAGACCCUGAGUGACAGCAGCACAAGGGUCAGGGAUCAAAAUGAAAACCUGUCUUUCGGAAGCAUGGAGCAACUUCGUUCUUUGGUAAUAGAAGGUGUGAGUCUCCCUCUACAUGGGGCUGAGCACCAGUGGCAGAGCCCCGACAGAAGCAGAGUGCCGCGGCCCCUGGCCCCUGGGUGCCAGGCGGAGGACACAGCCUUCUCCUUCUCCCCCCCCAGGUCGCCAGUCAGCAUGGAGGAGUCCUCAGCUGGGGCUCCGGAUUCCCCGAGCACGCAGGAUGGCGCACCUCCCCGCGUUUUAAAGGAUGUGAAGCUGUUGAUGGAGAGUUCAGAAGCGGUGAGCACCCCGUCCAAAGACGAUGACUCCACCCUGCUAAACCCCGGGACCAAUAGCAUGCUGGACAACACCAGGAGUGAUUUGACACUGGAGGUGGGAGGUCAAUUACAGGUUGGGAGAAGUAGGUCUAGUGGCCUGUGCUUCAGCGACGGCAAGUGCCACAUCGACUAUGUCCUGGUUUACCGGAAGUCCAGUCCACAGUCAGGGAAGAGGGAGAUAUUUGAGCGUAACAUCCGUGCUGAAGGCUUGCAGAUGGAGAAAGAGUCGUCUGUGUGCAACAGUGAUGUGAUCUUCCUGAAGCUGCACGCUCCAUGGGAAGUACUCUGUCGCUACGCAGAGCUUAUGAACAUCCGGAUGCCGUUCAGGAGGAAAAUCUAUUACAAGCAUCGACGAUACAAGUUCAUGAGUAGGAUGGAAAAGCGAAUAAACAGAUUUCGGGGAUGGCUGCCUCGCAAACCCAUGAAGUUUGACAACGACACCUUACCUGACCUGGAGGAGAACGAGAGCUUUACUGCACCCUUCAGUCGCUCCAGAAUGCAUCAUUUCAUCAUUCACAACAAAGACACGUUCUUCAACAACGCCACCCGGAGUCGCAUAGUCCAUCACAUCCUGCAAAGGGUAAAAUAUGAGGAGGGCAAGGACAAAAUGGGGAUGAAUCGACUUUUGAGCAAUAGUUCCUAUGAGGCAGCUUUCCCCCUUCAUGAGGUAAUACAUUGGCACUUCACAUGGUGGUUUAAGAGAGAAAUUUCACAUCCGGUUUGCCGAACCCCUCUGCAUAGUUUGGAGGGAAUACAGCUUGUGCGUGUGUGUGUGUGUUUACAGGGGAGCUACAGGAGUAAGAACUCCAUUCGGACACAUGGUGCAGACAACCACAGGCACUUGUUGUAUGAAUGCUGGGCCUGGUGGGGGGUGUGGUACAAGUAUCAGCCUCUGGACCUGAUCAGGCGGUAUUUUGGGGAGAAAAUUGGUCUGUAUUUUGCCUGGCUGGGCUGGUACACUGGGAUGCUGUUUCCUGCUGCGCUGGUUGGGCUCAUGGUCUUCCUUUACGGGUGGUUCACACUGGACCACUGCCAGGUCAGUAAAGAAAUCUGCCAGGCCAAUGACAUCAUCAUGUGCCCUAUUUGUGAUGAGUACUGCCCCUACCUGAGUCUCUCAGACAGCUGCAUCUAUGCAAAGGUCACCCAUCUUUUUGACAAUGGAGCAACAGUUUUCUUUGCUGUAUUCAUGGCUGUGUGGGCAACCGUUUUUCUUGAGUUCUGGAAGAGGCGGCGGGCGGUACUCGCGUAUGACUGGGACCUUAUUGAUUGGGAAGAAGAGGAGGAGGAAAUCCGUCCUCAGUUUGAGGCCAAAUACUCAAAGAAGGAGAGGAUGAACCCCAUCUCUGGAAAGCCUGAGCCGUACCAGGCCUUUACAGACAAGUACAGCCGACUCGUCGUCUCAGCCUCUGGAAUCUUCUUUAUGAUCCUGGUGGUGAUAGCUGCUGUCUUUGGGAUCGUGAUCUACCGUGUGAUCACAGUCAGCACUUUUGCUGCCUUCGGCUGGGCUCUAAUCAGGAACAACUCCCAGGUGGCCACCACUGGAACUGCUGUGUGCAUCAACUUCUGCAUCAUCAUGCUCCUCAAUGUAUUAUAUGAAAAAGUUGCCCUACUGCUCACCAAUUUAGAGCAACCAAGAACGGAGUCAGAGUGGGAGAACAGCUUCACCCUUAAGAUGUUCCUCUUUCAGUUUGUCAAUCUGAACAGCUCCACUUUCUACAUUGCUUUUUUCCUUGGCAGGUUCACUGGUCGGCCAGGAGCCUAUAUCCGCCUCAUUAACCGCUGGAAGCUUGAGGAGUGCCAUCCCAGCGGUUGUCUGAUAGACCUCUGCAUGCAGAUGGGAAUCAUCAUGGUGCUCAAGCAGACCUGGAACAACUUCAUGGAGCUGGGCUACCCGCUGAUCCAGAACUGGUGGACGCGGCGGAGGCUGAGGCAGGAGCACGGUCCCAACGCCAAGGCCAGCUUCCCCCAGUGGGAGAGGGACUACAACCUGCAGCCCAUGAACGCCUACGGACUGUUUGAUGAAUACCUGGAGAUGAUUUUACAGUUUGGCUUCACCACCAUAUUUGUGGCCGCUUUUCCCCUGGCCCCUCUCCUGGCCCUCCUCAACAACAUAAUUGAGAUCCGCCUGGACGCCUACAAGUUUGUCACCCAGUGGAGGCGACCCCUGCCCUCUCAAGCCAAAGACAUCGGGAUCUGGUACGGCAUUCUGGAGGGCAUUGGGAUCCUGUCCGUCAUCACCAACGCCUUCGUCAUUGCCGUCACCUCAGACUUCAUCCCACGCCUUGUCUACGCAUACAAGUACGGGCCCUGUGCAGGGCAAGGACGAGCCGGGGAGAGGUGCAUGAUGGGAUAUGUGAAUGCCAGUCUAUCCAUAUUUAGAGUGUCUGACUUUGAGAACAAGUCAGAGCCCAGGACAGACGGAUCUGAAAUGUUUGGAGAGGCUGUGAAAUACUGCAGGUAUCGAGACUAUAGAGAGCCCCCAGACUCGCCCAACCAACCGUACUCGUACACGCUCCAGUUCUGGCAUGUCUUGGCUGCACGGCUGGCCUUCAUCAUUGUCUUUGAACACAUGGUUUUCACCAUCAAGAACCUGAUUGCUUACCUGAUCCCAGACCUCCCCAAAGACCUGCGGGACCGCAUGCGACGGGAGAAGUACCUGAUCCAGGAGAUGAUGUACGAGGCCGAGUUAGACCGACUGCAGAAAGAGAAGAACGAGAAGAAGAAGAAGAACAGGGCGUAUCACAAAGAGUGGCCUUGAAGGGACAAACAGGUCAUUUUUGUGACAUUUUUUGCUCAGUAGUUUUGUGUAGGGGGGGAUGACGGUGAGCUGGCUGCAUGCAUGCCAGGGACCGCCCUGCCUGUCCGUCUCCUGCUGAACCGUGUGAGCGCCCCCAAGAGGACCGUCCAGCAAACUGCAUUCAGCAUGCUCCUCGCCGUUGUGUUCACACAUACUGCACAUCGUUCUGAUGCUGAGGUCCAGUCAGUUGGGGGGGAAAGACAUACGUCGGGAACAUUUGACAAUAGGUUUGCAACUCUUUAGCAGAUUGCUCCUUCCACUUCUGACUCACAACUGUACAUUUCUUCAAAACCUGAAUGUAGAUUUCAGAGAAAAAUGGAAACAAAGUAGGCAAACGUGUACAGUUGCAUUGUCACAACUUGAAAAGAUUCUCUCUUACGUGGGGGUUGAAUGACAAACCCUGUUUACAAGCCUUUUAAUUUUGAUUAUAAAACUUGUGAAAAAUCAUGAUCAUGAAUUUCUUCGUUGUAAAAGGAGAGAUAUUUAAGUGAAUGUCAAGUUUCCACGAGGUUGUGAACCCUAGGCCAUGUUCUCUGCUUACAUUGUGUGGUGCAAUAAGUUGUUAUUUUGAAAUGAUGUUCCAUCACGUCUGUGGUGGUGGACGCCGAUUGCUCAAACGUCAGAUGCCUUCCAUUAGAAUGGAUUCUAAUAACUAUAGUAAUAAAGAUGAGUAUUUAUUACAAAUUUGGUUUCACAAGUGACCUAUUUGCACUACCAUGUCAAUUCAUAACUGUUUCGACGUAUUUCCGUCUGACAGGACACCCCACUAUCAGUAUCUGUCACUGCAGCUAGGCUGCCUCUAGUACCUAUUCUGGUCAUUUCUGAGCCUCUGCAGUUCUCUGCUGUGCCACCAAGGGGCGCUAAUACACUUAUCUUCUGAUACAGAGGUAUGUACAUUUCGCCUCCUGUGAGUGUUCUCAAAGUUAUCCAGUCAGCUAUCCAAAGAUGCAGUAAUGUAAUGCAAGUUCAUGUUUAUUUUAAGGGAAAUGCAAUGAUCAACGCUGACGAUUGUUGACAUUGCUCUGUAAAUACACUACCGUUCAAAAGGUUGGGGUCACUUUGAAAUGUCCUUGUUUUUGAAAGAAAAGC